AUAUUUAUUUUUUAUUUCAGAUAAUUAAAUAAAAAAAAGUAUUAAUAAUAAAUAUAUAAUAUGUCUAAUAAUAAUGGAAUCAAUUAUGAAACAUUAACAAAGGAAUUUAAAUUUAUUGACGAAUUUGAUGUACCACUUGUAAAGGAUAGUAAUAUUAAAAAGUUUAUUCACAAAAAGAGCGGCAUUACACUAUUAUUAAAUUAUUGUCCAGGUCCAAAAUGUAAUGCUAAUAUUGUAGUACCAACAGAGUCUUUCAACAACAAAGGUUUACAACAUACAUUAGAACAUUUAAUUUUCACUGGUUGCGAAGAUAUACCAUACAGAGAGUUUUUAGAAGUACUUUCAAAUCGUUGUUUAUCUGCUCCUACAAAUGCCUAUACAUCCGAAGAUCAUACUUGCUAUUCUUUAGAGUCAGUUGGUCCUGAAGGUAUUUUAACCUAUUUGCCACAAUAUUUAAAAUUUAUUUUAACUCCAACCUUAAAAGAUAGCGAUUUUGUCACAGAAGUUUAUCAUUUAGAUUCCAAUGGCAAAGAUCAAGGUGUAGUAUUAUGUGAAAUGCAAGCAAGAGAAAAUACAUCAGAUGAUUUAUUAGAGUUUAAUAUGUGUAAAAAUAUAUUUGAAGGUUGCGGAUACCAAUACUCAUACGGUGGUUUGACAGCAGAAAUUGCAACAUUAACUAAUCAAAUGGUCAGAGAUUAUCACGGUAAAUUUUAUAUACCAAAGUUUAUGACAAUUAUUAUUCAAGGUUGCAUUGAUAUGGAAAAUAUUUUCAAAGUAUUGGAUCAAGUAGAAUUUAAAUCUAGUCCAUUUCAUGUCGAUAGUGCUGAGGAUAAUGAUUUCAUUCCAUGGAAAGAUCCAAUCCCACCAUUAUUAAAAUCAAAAUCUUCAUUCGUUCCAUUUCCAUCAGAAUCUGAUACUGGAAGUGUUUCAAUUGGUUGGAGAGGUCCAUCAAUUAACGAUACAUUUACAAUUAAUGCUUUAUCAAUUUUAUUAAGAUAUUUCCAAGAUAAUUCAUCUUCGCCAUUCAAUCAAAGAUUUGUAAAUAAAACAAUUCCAAUAGCAUCAAGUGUUUAUGGUAUGGUUCAUGAAGUUAAAGAAACUAAAAUCACUAUUGAAUUUUCAGGUUUAUCAGUAAAAUAUAAACAAGAUGAAGAAUCAUUAGCUAAUGGUGAAUCAAAUGGUAACCAUAAAGAAGAAGAGGGAAAAGAAGGAGCAGAGGAAGAGGAAGAGGAAGAGGAAAAUGAUGAUGAUGAAGAAGAAAGUGAGGAGGAAAGCGAAGAAGACGAUGAUAACCAAGAUUCUGAUGAAGAAAAUCAAGAAGAAAAUGAAGAAGAUGUUGGUGAUAAUAAUUUAUUUAAUGAAAAAUCUAUUUAUAAUCGUUUAAUUAGUUUAUUCAAAGAAAUUAGAGAAAAAGGUUUCCCAGAAAAAGAUACAAUGAAAAAGAUUAUAGAUAAAGAAUAUAUCAAGACUCUUGAAGGGUUUGAAGAGGAUCCAUUAGGAACAAUUUUUAGCUACCUUUUAACAUCAGCAGCAUUCCCAUUAAUUGGAACUACCGAUGGUUUUAAAGAUGUCAGAGCCAAGUUCCAAAUCAAAACUAUUUUUGAUGAAUUAAAAGAAAAGCCAGAUGAAUAUUGGUUUGAUUUAAUAGACCGUUAUUUUAUCGAUGCCCCAUACGUAGAAAUUAUAUUAAAGCCAGAUUCAAAGCUUUCAGAAACUAUUGCAGCAAAUACAAUUCAAAGACAAAAGGAUAUUUGCGAAAAGUAUGGUGAAGAAGGUAUGAAAAAGAAUGGCGAACUUGUUAAGCAAGCAAUCGAAACAAACAAAUCAUUCCCAGAAGAGUUUACACAUUUAUUCCCAAAAGAAAUUUUUGAUAUCAAAAAGAUUCCAUUACCAAAGUUAGAGACCCAGUUGAUGUAUCCAUAUACCAACGAGAAUCCAAAUCCAUAUGCUAUUCAAAAAGUAUUGGUUAAUACACAUUUCCUUCAUACAGCAAUCGUCUUCUAUGCCCAAAAUAGCAUUCCAGAUGAAUUACGUCCUUUUAUCACUCUCUUCCAAUUAAUUACUUAUGAAACUGAUUUAAAGGUUUUCAAUCCAGAAACAAAAAAGAAAGAUAUAACUAUCCCAUAUAAACAAGUUAGUCAAAAACUCUCAGAAGAGGUUCUCAGUUACGAAGCUGUUCUUGGUUUUUCAAAUAAUACCUUUUCUUGUUCAUCAGCUGAAAUCUUUAGAGUUACAGCCUCAUGCCAAGUUGAUAAAUAUGACCGUCUCUUAUAUUGGGUCUUGAAUAUGUUAUUCAACUUUUCAUUAACACCAAAGAGAUUAUUGUCUUUGAUUCCAUCAUUCAUCUCCAACCUCAACGAUAUGAUGAAUGACUCAACUCAGAUGUUGGGUCUUAGCGCAAUUUAUGAUUUAGCAACCGAUAAACAAAAAGCUCACGAUACAAAUAUUUCUGUAUUCAAACAAAAAGAGUUUUUAAAAUCAAUUCAAGCUAUUUUAAAAGGUAACGAUGAAAAAGAAAAAGAAUUAGUUAUUUCAAAGAUUAUGCAAGUACGUGAUUGCAUUCUUUCAAACCCAGAGGCAAUGUUUGUUCAAGUAUCGCUCUCUGAAUCAUCCGAUAAAUCAAUAGAUAUGGUUAAAGAGUUUACAGAUCAAUGGAGCAAGUUUUUAUCGGAAUCUAAUAUUUCACAAAAUAAAAAGAGAAAACCAACCGAACAAAUUUAUAAAGGGCAACCAAAUGUUGAAAAGACCAUACCAUAUUUUCAACCAUUACAACGUGUCAAAACUAAAAUUCCAUCACCAAAAGUAGAGCAACUCAUCAUGAGAGGUUCUGAAUCAAAUAAUUUAAUUCAAUAUGUACCAUUGCCAAUUACUUCAUUAAGCCCAGAUUAUCCAGCAAUUAACUUACUUUGUAAUAUAUUCAACUCUAAAGAGGGUGAAAUUCGUAAGAAAGGAUAUGCAUACAGCCAUAGCCUUACCACCGAUUUAACUAGAAGUUGUUUGGUAUUUUGUUUAAUAGAAUCAGCUUCGCCAAUUAAAGCAUUAGAAGAGUUUUAUAAAUGGCUUAAAGCUGUUGAAUCAAAUCCAACCGAAAUUAUUAACAAGUUAUCAAUAGAAACUGCAGUUUGUGUCGAAAUUUAUGACUUUUAUUCAAUCAGAUCAACUCCAAAUGAAAUCAUCAUCGAAUCUUAUAUCAAUGUUUUCAAAGGAUUAAAGAGUUUCCAUCAAUCAGUUGAACUUUUAAAUAGAUUCAAGUCUGUAACAUUCGAACAAAUCAUGGAUGUCUUUAAUCGUUAUUUUAAACCUUUCCUUGACCAAGAAAAAAUCUUUUUAAUGUUAACAACCAAUCCUUCUUCAAACAAACAAAUCGAAACUGAAUUAAAAGAAGCAUUAAAUUAUUCAAUCGACUCAAAAUAUCCUUCAGAUUUAAUUUUACCUUUUAAUCCUGAAGUUUUAAAGAAAUAAGAAUAAAAAAAAUAAAAAAAUUAUUUUAAAUUCCACA